AUGGCUGUUUCGUGGACGAGAAGGGAAAGUGAUGCUUCUACGGUUGUUGUUGCUGCUGUUGGUGGAUCUGCCCCGACGGCUGCGCUGAGCAAUUUGGAGCUUCGGCGCCAAACAUUAGACUUUGAGCAGAUUUCCCGCGAUGUUUUGUCUGAUGGCGAGUUCCCCUCGAGCUUGACUAGAUUGACUCGGCUUACACGGUUGGACCUGUCGUUCAAUCACUUCACCGGAGAAAUACCCUUCUCCGUCAACAAUCUUACCCACUUGAUUGGGCUUUUCCUGCAGAACAAUGGAUUCUCUGGGAAUCUCCCCAACAUUGAUCCCUUAGGUUUGAUCGAUUUCAAUGUUUCUUAUAACAAUCUCAACGGCUCCAUUCCUCAAACGCUCUCAAUGUUCCCUGCUUCUUCUUUCGCCGGAAACAUAAAUCUCUGUGGAACACCGUUGAAGCCCUGCAACCCAUUUUUCUCAUCCAAAAAACUAUCAAAAGCAGCAAUCAUCUCGAUUUCUGUCGGGGCAGGCAUAAUCUUAUUAAUUUUGCUUCUGAUUCUUCAUCUUUGCUUGCGGAAGCGGCAUCGGAAGCAAGCAGGGAAGCAUCCAAAUCCGGGGACUCGAUCGGUAGUCGCAGAGACGGGAACAUCUUCGAAAGACAAUGGCCCAGAUCUACUGAGAGCAUCAGCAGAGGUGUUAGGGAAAGGAGGCAUAGGUACAUCAUAUAAGGUUGUAUUGGAGGAAGGAACGACUGUUGUGGUGAAGAGAUUGAAAGACGUCGCCGUCUCCAAGAAGGAAUUCGAGUUGCAGUUGGAAGCUCUAGGCAAGAUCAAGCACAAUAAUGUGGUACCCUUGAGAGCAUUUUACUACUCCAAGGACGAGAAGCUUCUCGUCUGUGAUUUCAUCCCUAAUGGAAGCUUAUCUUCCCUUCUUCACGGUACCGAGUCAUCCACACUUGUAAACCGGAUCACCCAACCUUCUUAA